AAAGAACAUAUAAAUAAAUAACAAAUCAGCAGAAACCAAAGUAAUUUCGUGCAGAAAAAAUGGCUCGGUCAACAGUGAUAUUACUAGUUUUAUCAGUUUUCCUAAUUGCGGCCAGAUCGGCAGUAAUUCAAGACGAUCUGCCGACUAAUUACGAAUAUUUCACCGAGAACGGUAUCUCCAGUGGAUUGAAUGCCGAUCAAAAAUAUUUCACACUUAAUGGUAAGAAUAUCACCAUCUUCAGUGGAGCUUUCCACUAUUUCCGAGUACAUCCGUCGCAAUGGAGAGACAGAUUGAGGAAAAUGAGAGCCGCAGGUUUAAACACAAUCGAAACUUAUGCGGCAUGGAAUUUGCAUGAAUAUCAAUCAGGUGUAUAUGAUUUUGGUAAUGGAGGUUCAGACUUUGAAGCAUUUCUGGACAUUGUCCAAUUUAUUAAAAUAGCCCAAGAAGAAGACUUGUUCGUCUUGGUAAGACCUGGACCAUAUAUUUGUUCAGAAUGGGAAUUCGGAGGUUUACCAAGUUGGUUGCUCCGUGACAAAGACAUCAAAGUUCGUACAAAUGACCCACUAUACCUUAAAUACGUUGCCAGGUAUUGGGGCCAACUCUUACUACUUCUUGAACCUCUUCAGUUUACCAAGGGUGGCCCGAUUAUAGCUUUGCAAGUUGAAAACGAGUACGGCAACACUGGAAAUAGUGAUCCUGACUAUUUACAUUCAUUGGUCAAGAUAUACAGAGAUAAUGGUAUCAAGGAACUCUUGUACACCUCAGAUCCACCAGGUGCAGGAAGUAGAGGAGCACUGCCUAAUGAACUUUUGAUGACCGCCAACUUUAAUUCUGAUGUAAAGGGGAACUUGGAUAAGUUGGAUACUCUACAAGCCAACAAACCAACAAUGACAAUGGAAUUUUGGUCAGGUUGGUUUGAUCAUGUUAGCGAAGACCACCACACAGUUUCAGUAGAUCAAUACAAGCAACUUUAUGAACAGAUCUUAACUCAUCCAGCUUCUGUUAAUAUUUACAUGUUCGUGGGUAGUACCAAUUUUGGGUUCCUUAACGGAGCUAACAGCUUGUACCCUGGAUUGAACAAUUCUGGAUUGCAACCAGAUGUUACCAGUUAUGACUAUGACUCCCCAAUUUCUGAAUCCGGCGAAAUUACUGACAAAUUCACUGCCACUGCAGAACUAGUUUCUAAAUACAAUCCAAUCAAAUCGAAACUUCCUGCUAUUCCAGAAACCCAUGAAAGAGUGACUUUUGACGAUAUUAAGAUUGAACAACAGAUUUUACUAUCAGAAAUCAUCGAUUCUUUCCCAAACAAAAUCGCAAGUGAAAACAUUGUUUCUAUGGAACAAUUGCCUAUUAACAAUAAUUCAGGCCAAGCAUUUGGAUAUAUUGUUUAUAGAAAAACAAACCUUAAUUUAAACGCCAAUGCAGUAUUGAAAAUUUCUGGAUAUGUAAGGGAUCACGUUUUGGUUCUUGUUAAUGGAAAACUUCUAACGCCAGUGCUUUCCAGUAAAGACGAUCUCAACAAAUUUGGAUAUUGGAGAGUUAAAGAUAGUUCAAUAACUCUAACAAACGAAGCGUUAGAAGGAGCUACAUUAGAUCUGGUUGUGGAAAACAAUGCAAGAAACAACUAUGGAGGCCUGGAUCAGUUCCAACAAUUUAAAGGACUAAUUGAAGAUGUUUUAAUUGACGAUGUAGAAAUCAAGAGUUGGGAGAUCGUUCCUUUGGAAUUUAAAAAAUCCUGGAACAAGCAACUAACGGGCUGGCAUGAAGUGCAACAAACCAGAGCUACACCUGCUUUAUACAGGGUAACUUUUAAUGUUAAAGCUCCUUUAAGAGACACCUACGUCAACGUACAAGAUUGGAGGAAAGGCAUAGUUAUAAUUAACGGAUUUAUCUUAGGAAGAAUUUUUGCGGUUGGACCACAGCAAGCUCUCUAUCUUCCUGCUGGAUUAUUGCAAGAAGGCCAGAAUGAAAUUAUUGUUUUUGAGCACUUUAGUGCUCCAGAGUACGUUAAGUUUUCGAGAGAUCCUAUUUGGGGAGUCGGUACUCAUAUCAAUUAGAUAAUUUGAUUUUAAUAGAUGAAUUCAUGUGAA